GGUAGUUGCAUGGGACCACAUACUCCAGACUCGGGGGUGUCUGUCUGAAAAGUUUCCUGGCAGCCGUAAAGCUCCUGUGUCACCUCUGAAAGCGUGGAAAAGCGGUUGCUGAUCAAGUGACUAUGAGUCUGCUACACUGUGAAAACAGCUGUGGGUCCAGCCAGCCUGGGAGCGACUGCUGUGCUGCCAUGGCCAGCUCCUGCAGCAUGACAGCCAAGGACGACAGUGUGAGCGGGACUGCCAGCACAGGGAACCUCUCCAGCUCUUUCAUGGAAGAGACCCAGGGCUAUGACGUGGAGUUUGACCCGCCCCUGGAGAGCAAGUAUGAGUGCCCCAUUUGCUUGAUGGCAUUGCGGGAAGCAGUGCAGACCCCAUGUGGCCACAGGUUCUGCAAAGCCUGCAUCAUCAAAUCCAUAAGGGAUGCAGGUCACAAAUGUCCAGUUGACAAUGAAAUACUGCUGGAAAGCCAACUGUUUCCUGACAAUUUUGCAAAACGAGAGAUUCUUUCUCUAAUGGUGAAGUGUCCAAAUGCAGGUUGUUUGCACAAGAUGGAACUGAGGCAUCUUGAGGAUCAUCAAAUACAUUGUGAAUUUGCUCUUAUAAGCUGUCCUCAAUGCCAGCGCCCCUUCCAGAAAUGCCAACUGGAUAUUCACAUUCUCAAGGAUUGUCCACGGAGGCAGGUUGCAUGUACAAAUUGCGCUGAAUUGAUGGCAUUUGAAGAAAAAGAGAUCCAUGACCAGAACUGUCCUUUGGCAAACGUCAUCUGUGAAUACUGCAAUACCAUGCUUAUCAGAGAACAGAUGCCUAAUCAUUAUGAUUUAGAUUGCCCUACGGCCCCAAUUCCAUGCACUUUCAGCACUUUUGGUUGCCACGAAAAGAUGCAGAGGAACCACUUGGCACGACACCUGCAAGAGAAUACGCAGUCGCACAUGAGAAUGCUGGCCCAGGCUGUUCACAGUUUGAGCCUUGCCCUGACUUCCAUCCCUCAGCCUGAUCUGCUCCCAUACGAUUCUGCCUCCCAGCCCCGGGUUUCCUGUUCGUGUCACCCAGAGGUCCAGAAUUUCCAGGAAACUAUUCAGCAGUUAGAGGGUCGCCUUGUAAGACAAGACCAUCAGAUCCGGGAACUGACUGCUAAGAUGGAAACUCAGAGUAUGUAUGUAAGCGAUCUCAAACGAACUAUUCGAACCCUUGAGGACAAAGUCGCUGAAAUUGAAGCACAGCAGUGCAAUGGGAUUUAUGUCUGGAAGAUUGGCAACUUUGGGAUGCACUUGAAGUCUCAGGAAGAGGAGAAACCUGUCGUCAUCCAUAGCCCUGGAUUCUACACAGGCAAACCCGGGUACAAACUGUGCAUGCGCUUGCACCUGCAGUUACCCACGGCCCAGCGCUGUGCGAACUACAUAUCUCUCUUUGUCCACACAAUGCAAGGAGAGUAUGACAGCCACCUCCCUUGGCCCUUCCAGGGAACAAUACUCCUUACCAUCCUGGAUCAGUCCGAAGCACCUGUAAGGCAAAACCAUGAAGAAAUAAUGGAUGCCAAAUCGGAGCUGCUUGCCUUCCAGCGACCCACAAUCCCACGGAACCCAAAAGGGUCCUACCGUGGCAAGUUUUUACAGAGUAAAAUAAAGAGAUAAAAGACCUCUCUCCUGCACCACUCUCAGUACCAGAGCUCAGCUGGUUACUAGCUUAUCCUGUCCCUUUGCUUUAUGCUUUAUGCCAAAAAACGUGCCUUCCAAUUAGCUCCUGAGAGUCACUCACACACCCCCUCUGGCACGCCCUCUGGGGUGACCCCUCUGGAGCCCU